ACUUUAAAAUGUUUCUUUCUGCCACUGAGUGAUGUUUCUGUGCAGCUGAAGGUGUCAGAGAGUGAGGAGAGCAUCUCAGACCACGAGAGCUUCCACAACAGCCUGCUGAACAUGGAGAAGUGGCUGAUGAUCAUGAAGCAGAAGCUGGAGUCCUUCCACAGCCAAUCAGGAGAGUGGAGCAUCGAGGGCCGCCAGCACGAAGCUGAGAGAGCGCUGGGAGAGUUCCCGGAGAAGGAGCUCCAGCUGCAGCAAAUGGAGAUCCAGGCUCAGGGGGUCCUGGAGAGGACGUCAGAGGAAGGGCGGGUCCACAUCCUGCGGGACAUCAAGCGCCAAGGGGAGUCCUGGCUGGCCCUGCGCAAUAUGAGCCUCAAUCUACACAGCUCCAGUCAACAGACAGACUCUGCCUCUUGGAGUGUUGGAGGUCCGUCUGCAGACCCCUCCCUCACAUCACCGCUCAGAGUGGGGGGGGGAGCCAUGGCUAGCUUUGGGUCUGGAAGAGGAGUACACCUGGAGGGAGAGACAGGAGGGCGGGGGGGAGCAGUGGAGGGGGGGCUGAUCCAGAGCCAUCACAGUGAAGGUCAUCUCAUCCUGUCUGCACAAGACAGCACACUUCUUAAGUCACCCAGGACAGGAGAAGACAGAGGAGACCUGGGGGACACCGUGGACUCUUCUGCCUGGAGCAUUUACAGCAGAGCAGGGCAGAAAGGCUCCACAGACCCCCCCCCUGAUGGAAGCACCGGCAGUGAGAGAUCAGCAGGGGCCGCAGACAGAGGGGGGGCAGCUUUAACCAUAAAGGGAGGCGGAGGGCAGUACCAGUCCAGGAGGAGGGAGUUUGAGGCCUGGCUGUCCAAUCAGAAUGCUCUCCUCUCAGGGCUCUCCAGCAGCAAGGCAGCAGUACUCAGCACCAAGGAGCUGAAGACCAGACAGGACACGCUCAGAGCUCUGAGAGCAGAACUGUCCAGGGGUCAGGAGCACUUCCAGCUGCUGCUGCUGCAGGAGAGUCAGAGUGCUGCGGCUGGUCCUGGACCAGCUGAGGAUGUGGGUCUGGAGGAGCUGCGCUACCGCUGGAUGCUCUACAAGUCCAAAGUGAAGGAUGUGGGGGAACUCAGGAGCAGAGCCAAGAUAGUCCAAGCCCAACAAGAGCAGCCGGCCGUCGCAGCAAAGGUGCAAAAG